AUGUUUGAGCAGGCUUUCCCGGAGCGUAACCUGACCGUGAUUUUGUUCAAGGAUGUGACGAACGCGGGCGAGAUCCACGCCAAGCUGCUGGACCGAUCGCUCGAGCCCGAGCUCGCGCUGAUCAACCCACGCAAGGUUCAGAGCGUCUUCGCCCUCCACCUCGCGGCGCACAAGUCAGUCGCCGCGCACGAGCGGGAGGCACUCGCCACGCACACCCUCCACUCGGAGGUCGUGUUCAACCUCUCCGGGCUGAAGCACAUCACCGAGGGGCUCAAGAGGUUCGGCAUGGCGGAAGAUGCGAGCGAGGUGCUCGUAUGUCGCUUCGACGCGACGGACGAAGACAUCGCGGCGACGAGGGGCCUGGUCAAGGGUAUCGAGGUGGACAUCGAGACGGCGCUGGAGGGUCUGAGGGACCAGGACGCCAUCAAGAAAAACUACAAGACGGGGGAUUUGGAGUGCCAGGUGGGCGUGGGGACCAUCGAGGAUGCGGUCCUGGCCCGCAUCGCGACGGCACCAAUGAGGUGA